CUCUGAAAAAGACAGUCUGAUGCCAAUAAUUCCACGUAAAAACCAUUGCUUUCAAAGUUCUCGAUCUCAUUCGAUCCAGAAAAUUCUUAGCAAGAAGAGCGCGCGUGAGCCCAAAAUUUACCGUUUCUCGGUGAUUGGAGAUGAGAGAGAGAUAGAGAGAGAGAGAGAGAGUGUGAGUGAAUGAUAAGAGUUGAAGAAAUUUGAAAGGAUUUUUUAAGCUUAUUUUAAAAGAAAGGAUAAGAACUGAAGUUUUCCGAAAUUCUUUAACUCUUUUUCGAUUUGGUUAACGUGGGAAGGCAUCAAGCAAGGCAGCGAGAUUAAAGAAAGGGAAAGAAUACUUCGAUUCUUCUUUAGAUUUUCCUCCUCCGCCACCAACAGCGAUAAGAAGAGGCGUUGGACCCGAGCGACUGCAACGAUGCUUGCUGUGACAUGAAUAGGUGGAGUCCGACAGAUUGAGAGAGAGAGAGGAGGACGAGGACGAUCGGUAGCCACCAAAAGCAUAUCAUUUGCCUCCAAAACAAGGCAGAAAAAAGCACUGAGUUCUGUAAAGCUGUCGUUGCUUACUUCGAUCUCGCUUUCUCUUUCUGCUUUCUUGAUCUUCACAUCGGAGGGAGUAGAUGAGAAGAGGUUGAGAUUUCAGAUCAUAAAAAAGCAUAGAUUUUGGCAUAAAUUGGAGCAGAGGAGGAAAAAGAUUGGAUUUUGAGGCCGGGAAGGUUGGAAAGGUGCAUUUUUUUUCAGUUUAUUUUGCCAUGGAGGAGGAUUGGGAUCUCAAUGAUGCAGUGUCGGAGGAGGUGGACUCCCCGACGGCCUCCGCGGCGAAGGUCGAGAACGACGACAGCGGUUCCUCUGACGACGUCGCCGUCGUCGAAGCGCAGGGCGAGGGUACAGCCGGCGGGAGGAUCUUCGGGUUUCCCAUCUCCGGCGACAGCAGCACCUCCGCGGAGAGCGACCCGGCCAUCGUGACGCACCAGUUCUUUCCUUUCGCCGACGAGGAGGAGGCGGCGCCUCAGGCAGCUCCACCGCCUCGCCCUAACACGGCCGGGGUCAGGUUCUGGCAGUCGAAGGAGCCACCGGCCAACGGAACGCCGACGAACAAGAAGAGCAGGCGCGGACCGAGGUCGAGGAGCUCGCAGUACCGGGGAGUGACCUUCUACCGGAGGACCGGGCGAUGGGAAUCCCAUAUCUGGGACUGUGGAAAGCAAGUUUAUCUGGGUGGAUUCGACACAGCUUACACAGCAGCAAGAGCAUACGAUCGAGCUGCGAUCAAGUUCCGCGGAAUGGAUGCGGAUAUCAACUUCACUUUGGAUGAGUAUCAAGAGGAAAUAAAACAGAUGGGCAAUCUGACCAAGGAUGAGUUCGUCCAAGUUCUCAGACGCCAGAGCACCGGUUACCCGCGAGGAAGCUCCAAGUAUCGGGGAGUCACCUUGCACAAAUGUGGAAGGUGGGAGGCCAGAAUGGGCCAGUUCUUAGGCAAAAAAUAUGUGUAUCUGGGACUCUUCGAUACUGAAAUCGAAGCUGCUAGAGCUUAUGACAAGGCUGCAAUCAAGUGCAAUGGCAAAGAUGCAGUCACCAACUUCGACCACAAGACCUAUGAUGAUGAGCUUCGGACUGAAAUUGACCAUGUUGAGUACAAUCUUGAUCUGAGCUUGGGGAGUUCAGGCUCCAAGAGAACUCGAGCCGAAGCAAUGGAUGACAAGCUUAAGGUGACUGAAGGAAGAGAAUAUCAGAGAAGCUACAUAACUCCCAACUAUCAGCUGCCAGUCCAAGCAACUAUGUUUUAUCAUCAACAUCGUGACGGCGAAGAAAGGGAAAGGGGCCUGAAGUGGCUUUCCUUAUCGAGCGGCGGAGAGCAGCAACAGAUCUACCUUCCCACUUCCACACCCCUCGCUGACUUUGCAGCAUCAUCAGGAUUCCCACCUUUGGCAGCAAGAAUUGCCCCUCCGAGCGCAGCAGCAGCAGCGGCGGCAGCACAAAGAUGGCCUCCCAACUAUUUCUCCAUUAAUGAUUAAUUCAAUGGUGACCUCCGAGGACCCACGCUCUUUGUACCCUUUCCAUCCUUGUUCGCCAAAGCAUCUAGUUCAUGGACAAACAAUGCUGACAACGUUCAUGCUUCAGAUGAUUACUCGGAGUUGCUGUCAUUAGUGUAAAACUUGUAGUAAAGACUGUGCAAUCGUGCGUGCGAUUAGUCGAAAGAAAACGUGGAUGGAACACUAGAUGUUGUCCUUUUUGUAUGAAUUAGGCAAGUGCAUUAAUGGUGAGAGGGACGACACAACUGAAUGGGCCAGAUUGCAGCAGCUGGCAAGCCUUGUAAUUAAGGCGGAUGCUUUCAAUGUGGAUGGAAAGUUUAUGAA